AUGACGAUUACUUUGGAUGAUGUUUCCUGCCUGCUGUAUUUGCCUAUUGGGGGUAUGUUCUGGUAUCCUAAUGAGCACGUCACAGAGGAGGUGGCGGUUGAUCUUGGCUGCGAGUUAUUGGGAGUGGGUAGACGUGCCAUGGCUGAGCAUGUGCGUUCAUGCAGGGGAGCUUAUUACUCACUGCAGUGGUUGUACGACAGAUUUGUGGAGUACCGUGCUGCUGGUAGUUGGGCCUUCGCGACCAGGGCAUAUUUGAUGAUGUUGGUAGGUUCUACCAUUUUUGCAAAUAAGACAUUUACUUUGGUUGAGGCCCGGUAUUUGCCACUAUUUAGAGACCUACGUGGGCUCAGUCACUACAGUUGGGCAUCUGCUGCCCUGGUCACUCUUUAUCGCCACCUUGGUGAUGCAUCUAUGUUUAGUUGCAAGCAGCUCGGUGGAUAUCCUACUCUGAUUCAGUGUUGGAUACAUGAGUACUUUCCUACACUGGGAAGGAAAGGAGAAAAUUGGCGGCCAUCUGAGAACCUUGGGCUUCCGCGGGCAAUGAGAUGGUCCUACAGGCAAGGAGCCAUCAAGGUGGAUGCGUAUAGACCGAUAUUGGACGAGCUGACACCUAUAGAUGUCAUAUGGCGCCCAUUUGAGGAUCAUAGACCUCAUCGAGCUUUUAAUGAGCUAUCUCUGUACAGAGGUUUUCUCGUUUGGGGUGAGUUACAUGUGCUAUACUUACCUGACAGGUGUCUUCGGCAGUUUGGUUAUUGUCAGUAUAUUCCGCCUGCACCUCCUGCUGAUACGCUCAACAAUGAUGAGAUUGCUGUGGAGUGGAUUGCUUAUGUCCAGAGCGUGACAGAUGUGAUUAGAGAUACACAGCCAGUGGGAUACCCUCAUGAGACGGUUGAUGGAUAUUUAGAGUGGUAUUACCGCGUUUUGCAUCCUCAGGUGGUGCCUCCCCCACCUAGUGCGCGUAGAGAGGUUGCAAAUCCUGUCUUUGAGGCAGGACCAGCUGAUCCGGAUUGGGCUCGUGCCUCCACAUUGGUGCACCGUUAUCUCCGGCAGGUAGAGGCAGAGGAGGAUGAUGUCACAUAUGCUGAUUUAUUUGAGGUGUUACGCAUCGCCCGUGAGCAUUGA